GAAGCCAUUUAUAAGAGGUGUUCUUGGUGAUGAAAAAGAGCUUAUAAAUUUUGAUGAUCUAUUUUCCGUACUAUAGUUCUGAAGAAGGUUUUUCAGUUUUGGUUGAAGGAAUCCGUUAAUUAAUUGGGCUGACAGUUAAGAACAACAUGGAAGAAAACCUACCUCCUGGGUUCAGGUUCCAUCCUACAGAUGAAGAACUCAUCACAUAUUAUUUAUUAAGGAAAGUGUCUGACGUUAGCUUCACAUCCAAGGUUGUUGCUGUUGUUGAUCUCAAUAAAUCUGAACCUUGGGACCUCCCAGGUAAGGCUUCGAUGGGGGAGAAGGAAUGGUAUUUCUUCAGCCUGAAAGAUCGGAAAUAUCCGACAGGGCUUCGGACGAACCGUGCGACGGAAUCAGGGUAUUGGAAAACCACCGGAAAAGAUAAGGAGAUAUUUGGCGGUGGAGUUUUGAUAGGGAUGAAGAAAACUUUGGUGUUUUACAUGGGUAGAGCUCCAAGGGGUGAGAAAAGUAACUGGGUUAUGCAUGAAUAUAGACUUCAAAACAAGCAACCCUAUAGAUCUUCUAAGGAAGAAUGGGUGAUUUGCAGAGUCUUCCAGAAGAACUCAGCACCAAAGAAAGCACAGCAGACAUCAUCCUCUCAACCAUCUCAAGAGUCUCCUAGCUCAAUGGCGAAUGAAUUUGGUGAUGCAGACCUACCAAAUCUGAAUAGCAUUGGAAAUUCAUCUAGUGUUGCAGCACAAAUUUACAACAGUGGUGAUCCGAGCAAUGUCAGCACAAACAUGAACUUGAACAUGAAUUGGGCUUCUGCAACUGAGCUUCCAUCUCUUCCAUGGCCUUCUGGGUUGAUGCUGAAUCCAAACCUUUCUGUCAAUUCAUUGCUUCUGAGGGCAUUGCAGCUUAGGAGUACAUAUCAACAAAGAGAAGCUGCAACUGGUGAUCACUUUGCAACGUACGUUCCUCACAAUAAUAUUGGAACUGAUGAUCUCAGUGUCUCAGCUUCUUCCAGAGGUUUAGAACUGCAGGAGCAACCAUUCAAUAUGGACUCCAUUUGGUGAAGUGCCUGUGUAAAUCAUGUAAACCUAGCUUGUGAAUUAUUGUGCUGCAGAUGAAAAUGGUUCCAUUUAUAAGUUCAAUAAUGGAAUCACUUUCUUAAAAGUUGUUAAUUACUACCUUUUCAAGAUGUUGUAAACAUUACUCGUGCAUUUGUUGUAAUAUGUCAAAGUUUAUUGGAUUUCUCAGUGGUUGUAGCAACAGAAUUAACUUGCAUCCAAGACUCUACCAUACU